AUGGCCAUUGCGAGACGACCAAAAAACAUAAUGGCAAUUAUAUACCACGCAAAUAUAUGCGUCAUGGAGAACCAGAUACAGACGGCGGCAGUCUUCUACACCAAAGCGUUGCUACUCUGCAUCAACUUCAAAAUACUCGUGGCCCUAAGAAGACAACGUAAACAAAACGAAACGCACUUCAAAGUGGUAGAAAUUCAACAGCUGGUGCUGCAAAUCAAGCAUUUGGAAGCACUGAUAUUCUGUGCCCUAGCUUCAUGCAGAUUCUGCGAGAACGACCUCAAGACGGCAAAAACUCUGGUUUCAAAAUCACUCAAAAUUAAGAAAACGCCAAUGGCUCUACGUCUCAAGGCUGCGAUUGCAAUUAAUCACAUGUUGGAGAAACCAAUAGAUAAUGGAGCAGACAAAUCGCAUGCACCACCGAAUUCACCGCGCGAACCAGUACGCUCAUUGAUUGAACAGUGGAACCUAGCAGCAUACGAAGCCUAUUUGGUAGAUCCUACUCAACCCAUAGGGCAAUUACACUUGUGUGAAAUGCUAUUCCGACAAGGGCGCAUCGAUGAAUGUGAAACCAAGUUGCAAGAAAUAACUGCUGGCAAUAUAGCCCCUGAAUUACUCGCAGAAGCAACUUAUCAACUUGCCAGAUGCUCACAUGUCAAAGAAGAAUGGCAGAAGGCGGCAAAAGGAUAUAACAAGGUUCUCCAUAUGAGAGGAGAUUACCUGCCAGCACGAAUAAACCUAAUCAAGGCUUCAAUCGGCGCAAACGACCUGGCCGUGGCAAGGGAACACUGUGACUACCUUAGCAAGUGCAACAAUAAAACGCCAGACGUUACGCGACUUAUCGCACUAGUCUAUAUCGCAUCAGCUGCUGAAAUAUUAGACUCAUGCAGAGCUAAGCUAUUGCAAGCUGAAGACAAAAUCGCAGACAUCGAUAUCACAUGUGCAAUGAAUAGCAUCCAACAGGAUAUAUCAAGAAUGCUUGAUGAGCGAUUAUUCAAAGCACUAGGGUUCCUAGAGGAGACCAUUGCGAUUAUACCAGACGACAGACUCACGUUGUCAUACCUCGUAUACUGCUUGGAAUUACUUGUCACACGAGGUAGAGAACACCUCUUGACCAAACUCAGAGAGGCAUACCAAACAUAUACAGCUCUGGUGGUGACGGGACUGCCCCUAGAAAUCAGAAACAAUGAUGCCAUCAUAGCGUUGAGGUGCAGACAGUUCGACGAGGCGGUGCGAAAACUCACAGACCUGUGGAACGAGGUAGGAGCAGAAGAAUCAAUGCCUCUAACUACAAAACUUACGCUACAGUUCAACUUGGCGCUGGCUUUAGAAGAAUCAGGACAAAUGUCAAAAGCCCAUAAAAUUUACUCGACACUUACCAGGGAAUACCCAAGAUACACAGACGCAUGGUUAAGGAAAAGUUAUAUGAUGUUCAGACGAGGAAAUAUAGAAAAUGCUCACAAGUAUCUAGACGAACUGAAGUUGCAUCACAAAAAGAACCUUGAUCCGUGGCUUUGCAAAGCGCAUCAAUUCUUCUCAAUAGGAAAACUCGAGGAAUGCAUCACAGAACUCAAGAAAAUGUUCAGAGCAAUCAACACUGCAAGCUUUGAUGCGUAUGCAAAUACACUACUCGCUUGCGCUCUAAUAAAACUUAGAUCGCGAGGAACGUUCGGACCGCUGCCGAAGGAUGUAUUGCAUUACGCAAGGGCAGGGCUCAGAAGGCCUGGGUUGUCGAACUUCUAUGCUGCAAACUGCAUCGCUAUAUACUUAGCACAUGAUGGACAACUUAAAAUGGCAUACGAAUGUUUCGGAAUACUUCUCGAGAACACCAAUGUCAAUUCACACAUGAAAUUCAUCGCACACAGAAAUAUGGGUCUUUUGUGUGCUGCAACGUCAAUAGGAAACGAAAGGCGAAUUGAACGUGGUAGUUUUGACAAAAUGCGAGGGGCGAAGGCACAACAGCAUCUGCAGGCAGCUCUAGCCCAUAACAAAAUGGAUCUCAACACCUACAUCGUGUAUACACGCUUCCUAUACGACUGCCAAAGGUUCGAUGAGUGUGUACAGUUUGUAGAGAUGUGCCGCAAGAUAUUCCCACGCGAAAUUAAGUUCACUUACAAUAUGGUGAUCGCCAUAGACGCAAUGCUAUGUAAACACUUCAGAAAUUCGGACAAACUGGGAUCAGCUACGGAAGUAUCCAAAAUGUUAGUUCAAGCCUCUUUUGUCAAGACAAUCAUUCCGUACCUCAUAAAAAUACACGAGCAGUACCCCAAAAUGUCAAAGACCCACCUCACACAAAUUGCAACACGUACCAAGGAAAAACUCAUACCGCAUAUGGAGGGUGCAUUGCCGCAAUUAGAAGCAUCCGCCACGGAAAGACAACUUACAAAGGGCAAACAUCUAGAAUUGCAACUAAGCAUACAGCAGGCACAUGAGGCCAAACGCCGUGAAAAGGAAUUAGAACAACUUAGAGCAGAAGAGGCAUACAGCGAACUCUCGGAGCAGCUUCUCAAAGAGGCAUCCGAAAUAGCCUCAGAACUCAUGUACUCCAGGGCACCAACGACGUCGCAGUCUGAAAACAACAGGUAG